CACUCUUCCUUCGAAGAGGAGGCGUGGAUUAUUAUCAACGUACUGCAUGUUGUGUAACUUUACCAUAUUUAUUGUAGACUGUUUGGAUGUAGAGGACAACACAUCAGACAUUGGUGUAGGGAACUCAUUCGGUGUCUUGCAGCUGUCAAAGGUUUCACUCUGAAGAAUGGAAGAUGUCCACGUCAACAACACUUCCUACUAUGAUUACAUUAACAACACAUCACAGUAUUAUGACUACUAUAGAGGACCAUUUUUCAUAAUAUAUGUGGUAAUAUGCAUAAUCAUCAGUAUUGGACUUCCUUUGACCCUCGUGGCCAUCUAUACUCUUCAUUCUCUGGUGCAAAAGGAUAAUGUCGCUCCGAUCUACGUCAUCAACCUUCUCAUUUCUGACAUCAUUCAGUUCUGCUGCAUGAUCGUUUUUGUGACAAACCGUGGGCACCACAUAGAUCAAAUAUUCCAUCUUAUUUAUGAAUCUAGUCUGAUGGCCAGCAUUUGCUUCAUGGUGUGCAUCGCCCUGGAAAGGUAUUUGGUCAUCGCCUGCCCACUGUGGUACCGCUUCAGACGAUCCAUCAAGAUCUCUGUGGGGGUCUGUGUCCUGGUCUGGAUCUUUUCUCCCGUCUAUUGCUUCUCUUUUUUAUUUAUUAAUUUUUCAGACAUUUCACUAACCAUUACAGCCAUAUUUGUCCUCCUUCCCCUCCCACUGUUCAUAUUCUUCCUGGUUGGGACCCUCAAAGCCCUGUCUGCUUCCAUCUCAGUUCCCGCUGAUGAAAAACGUCGAAUUGUGGCAAUGUUGGUCAUGGUGCUGCUUAUUUACACGCUGCUGUUCCUGCCCAGACCCAUAUUGUUUCUGAAAGAGGGAAACAGAUUUAACUUCCUCAGGGUCCUGUUUAAUGUGUUUCUUAAAUUGAGUCCUCUUGCAGACUUAGUUCUGUAUGUUUUCAUGAGGAAAGGGGCCAUAGACAAGUUUUUGGCCUCUGUGUGUUGUUGCAGAAUGGACAGCAAUGACAACAGCAGUUCAACAGUAUGAGUGAUGACAACAUGUCCAC